AUGGCGCUCGAUAGCUACUAUCAGAACAAGAUUGAGGCGAUGAAGCUCGAGAUCCUCAAGGGUCAAGCUGUCCUCCGCCGUCUUGAAGCCCAAAGAAACGACUACAACUCUAGGGUGCGUUUGCUGAGGGAAGAACUUGGUCUGCUGCAACAACCAGGCUCCUACGUCGGCGAGGUGGUCAAGGUCAUGGGCACGAAGAAGGUUCUUGUCAAGGUGCAUCCUGAAGGCAAAUAUGUUGUCGAUAUCGCCGACUCGGUCGACGUCACCAAGCUCACCGUCGGCAAGCGAGUCACUCUCCUCUCCGACAGCUACAAGCUCGAAAAGAUGCUCCCCUCCUCCGUCGACCCUCUCGUCUCCCUCAUGAUGGUCGAGAAGGUGCCCGACAGCACCUACGACAUGAUCGGCGGUCUCGACCAGCAGAUCAAGGAAAUCAAAGAAGUCAUCGAGCUCGGCCUCAAGCACCCCGAGCUCUUCGAGUCCCUCGGCAUUGCCCAACCAAAGGGCGUCCUCCUCUACGGCCCCCCUGGCACGGGCAAGACGUUACUCGCCCGUGCCGUCGCCCACCACACCGACUGCAAGUUCAUCCGUGUCUCGGGCUCCGAGCUCGUGCAGAAAUACAUCGGCGAAGGCUCUCGUAUGGUCCGCGAGCUCUUCGUCAUGGCCCGCGAGCACGCGCCCUCCAUCAUCUUCAUGGACGAAAUCGAUUCCAUCGGCUCCUCCCGCGUCGAGGGCUCCUCGGGCGGCGACUCGGAGGUCCAGCGCACCAUGCUCGAGCUCCUCAACCAGCUCGACGGCUUCGAGCCCACCAAGAACAUCAAGAUCAUCAUGGCCACCAACCGCCUCGACAUUCUCGACCCCGCCCUCCUCCGCCCCGGCCGCAUCGACCGCAAAAUCGAGUUCCCCCCGCCGUCCGUCGAGGCCCGCGCCGACAUUCUCCGCAUCCACUCGCGCAAGAUGAACCUCACGCGCGGCAUCAACCUCACCAAGGUCGCCGAGAAGAUGAACGGCUGCUCCGGCGCCGAGCUCAAGGGUGUCUGCACCGAGGCCGGCAUGUACGCCCUCCGCGAGCGCCGCGUCCACGUCACGCAGGAGGACUUUGAGCUCGCCACCGCCAAGAUCCUCAACAAGCACGACGACAAGGAGGUUUCCUUGGGCAAGCUGUGGAAGUAG